GCAGGCAAGCCCCAGCCGGUGUCCGUGUGGCUGGGUGUUUUGCUGUCGGCCAGCAAUGGCAGCUUCCUCGUUCCGGGUGUGCGUGAUGGUCUGCACCGCUCUGGGGGUUUGCCUGGCGGCGUCAGGCCCGCCACGUUCUGACCGACUGAAGAAUCCACGCUUCAUCGCUGUCAGGUGGGGCUCCAAAGUCUCCUUCAGCUGUGUUUCCUCCUCUGAGGUCAUUUGGCGUAAGGAGGGUCAACAAAACGAAAUGGCGAACAGCUCCAGAAUCCUGGUCAUCAACAACUCGUCGGUGUCAACCAUGAACAUCGCCAAACUCCAGCAUGCAGACAGCGGCGUCUACUUCUGUAGCACCAAGGUCGAAAAUGAGACGACGAGAAUGCAACAGCGCUGCGGCACUGAGCUCAAAAUCAUGGGUAUCAGCACCUAUAAGCAAGUGCAAGAUCGGAACACCAUGAAAGACACCAUCAUUUUGAUUCAGUCCGUUCUUCUUUUCAUGUUCAUAAGUUUCCCUCUGUUCAUGAUUCUAGGGAAGGGUGACAGUAAAGAAGCCCCUGAGGAGGACCACACUUAUGAGGGCCUGGCUGUUGAAUUAGCCGACACCUAUGAAGACAUCGGUACCUACCAAGACAAAGCAGAGAAGUGGGACCUCGGUGAACACCCAGGCGAAGAGUGAUACCUGUUGGGGGUGUGGCCCAGCAUGAGUUCCACACCGGACGCUGCAAGUUGCCUCCUACCCCCUGGGGGCAGUCUGUCCGGGGAGACUCCUUGCCACCAGCUUGCUUGCGUUACCUAUCAUCAGCUCCACUGCUAGGACACCUUCAGCAUCUGAGAUUCUCUGGACUUUGGAGUUCCUGUUAAGACACACACAAAUAUGGGAGUGUGGAAAGAGAACAACUAAAGUCAAGGCGCGCAAAUAAAAAAACCGGGGAGCAAAAAA